GGCAGACAGCUUACCCAGCGGGGUCCUGUUGCUUAAUAAACAGUAUGGCUGCCCUCUGUAAAUGGAGACACCGGUUAAAACCGGCAGUGUUCUUUCAAAAUGCAGUCAGAAGACAGCUGUCAGAUAAACAUGACUAUGAUCUUUUGGUUAUCGGUGGAGGAUCAGGCGGCCUGGCUUGUUCAAAAGAAGCUGCUCAGUUCGGAAAGAAAGUCGCUGUGUUAGAUUAUGUGGAAUCUUCCCCUAAAGGUACCAAGUGGGGCCUCGGUGGAACCUGUGUGAAUGUGGGCUGCAUUCCCAAGAAACUGAUGCACCAGGCUGCUCUUCUCGGAGGUGCUGUUAAAGAUGCCCAGAAGUAUGGCUGGAGGAUACCCAGCCCAAUCACCCACGACUGGUUGACCAUGGCACCAGCCGUUCAGGACUACAUCAGGUCCCUGAACUGGGGGCACAGAGUCCAGCUGCAGGACAAAAAAGUAAAGUAUUUGAACCUCAAAGGCAGCCUGAUGGAUGGACACACUGUCAGGGCAGUGUCAAAAACUGGCAAAGAGUCUGUCUUUACUGCUGGGAAUAUUGUGAUUGCAACUGGAGGACGGCCAAAGUACCCCACACAUAUUCCUGGAUCAUUGGAAUACGGAAUUUCAAGCGAUGACAUUUUCUGGUUGAAAGAAUCACCUGGAAAAACGUUGGUUGUUGGUGCCAGCUAUGUUGCCCUUGAGUGCGCUGGCUUUCUCACAGGCAUCGGUUUGGACACCUCGGUGAUGGUGAGGAGCAUUCCACUGCGAGGAUUCGAUCAGCAAAUUGCCUGCCUAGUGACGGAUUACAUGGGGUCUUAUGGUACCAAGUUCCACUGGAAAUGCAGCCCUUCCAAAGUUGAAAAGCUGGAGACGGGGCGCCUGCUGGUCUCCUGGACAGACCUGGACUCUGGUAAAGAGGACCAGGAUACCUUUGAUACAGUGCUGUGGGCAGUAGGCAGGACCCCAGAAACGAGAGCCCUCAAUCUGGAAAAAGUGGGAGUGAAAAUGAACAGAGAAACUGGGAAGAUUAUCGUCUCUGCCGACGAAGCAACGUCCGUUCCUCACAUCUACGCUAUCGGAGAUAUCGCAGAGGGGCGUCCUGAAUUGACCCCCACAGCUAUCCAAGCAGGCAAACUCCUGGCUCGUCGGCUCUUCGGCAAAUCCUCUGAACUGAUGGACUACGACUGUGUCCCCACCACAGUGUUCACCCCCCUGGAGUACGGCAGCGUGGGGCUGUCUGAAGAGGAGGCAGUCAGAAUGCACGGAGAGGACGGCAUUGAGGUUUUUCAUGCGUUUUACAAACCGUUAGAGUUCACAGUAGCAGAACGGGAUGCCAGUCAGUGCUACAUCAAGAUGGUCUGUUUGCGGGAGGGGGCUCAGCGAAUCCUUGGGUUCCAUUUCACUGGACCAAACGCUGGGGAAGUCACUCAGGGAUUUGCCCUUGCGAUAAAGUGUGGUGCCACCUAUACCCAACUGAUGGCAACCGUGGGCAUCCACCCUACCAGUGCUGAAGAAAUAAUCAAGUUAAACAUCACCAAGCGCUCUGGCCUAGACCCCACUGUCACAGGGUGCUGAGGGUAAGCCCUGUCCCUGAACCCAAGAGCUCACAAGAGAUGCCCGGACUGACAACUGGGAGGGAGUUCACACUAAAACAAGACAGCCGCUUCAGGUAGUUUCAGCUUUUCAGAAUACUGGCUCUGCAUUUCUCUACAGCGCCACAGUGUCUGUGCUGUUUACAGAUGUUAGACCCAGGGUACAAGACAAGUAAUCUCCAAAAUGGCAUUGAACUUCAUUUUACAGAGGCACAACACAAGCUUACUGAGUAGACCCACAGUCAUGGUUUUCUGCUUCUAAUGCGUUCUGAAACUGUUAAUAACUACAGUUUUAGAAAAGAAAAGAGAAUUGUGCACUGAUAUAAAUGCAAAGGUUUGAAAUAUAUAGCAUAUAAAGCUCACCACUGCACGGUUCUCAUCUAAUAUUCUGCAAGCUGCCUAAACUAAUCUGUGGGUUCUUCUAAAAAGUAUUCCAUUUCCCAACCAGAAGGUGGGAGUGUUGCCAAGCAUGUUCCUCUCCUGGUUUGCACAUAAUAGAUGCCUGUAAGGUACUGACCGUUAAGAAACGAGAGUCCCAUUCGAUCUGUCUUUACUUUAAAAAGAUUUAACUGGGCAUUUCAACAGGAAGUUCUGCAGAUUCAUAUGGCCCGGUCCUUUAAAAGAAGGACUAAUUAAACUUGAGAUUCCACACUUCAUUACUGAUGAACCGCUUCUCCAGGACUGGUUUGUUUUAAUGAAAAGUGAGCAGGAGGAAGUGAACAUUAUUGCAAAUAAUGAUCGUCUCCUUCUGAUGGGGUUGCCAGCAUUCUCUCAACAAAACAAAAUUCAAAAUACAAAAACUGUAUUGCUUUGAUGAUCACAUCAGUCAGCAUGUCAUGUCCGUUUAGUUCAGUUUGUUUUGGCAACCAGAAAAAUAGUGGAUAUUUUAAGUAUUGAGUAGCCUAAUAAUAAUAAUAAUAAUAAUCAAGGUCAGUUUGUUAAAAUAGAUGUUUCAGGACUGAAAAUACAUACAAAAAUACUGUGGAACACACACACACACACACACACACACAUAUAUAUAUAUAUAUAUAUAUAUAUAUGGAAAUUUAAUUUGUACCAAUAAAGAAAAAUGCCAUGUCUGUGCACUCUGCUUUACUCAAGAUAUGAUAAAUUGCAUUGUUUUAAAUUAUGUGAUUUUAAAUGAAUAAAUAAAACAAAUUGGUUUCUCAGGGGUCAAAACUGACUUAGGAAAAUGUUCAAACUGGGAAGGAAAUGCCUGUUUCUAUUUAUGCACUCUGAUCUAAGCUCACUGAUUAAUGAUCCAGUCAGGAACAGUGAGAAAAGCUUUGGAGGGUUUGCUACCUACUUUAUUUGUACCUUUGGCUGGAGUCACAAAUCUUUCCCCUUCUCUCCUCCCAGUCCAGCGGCUCUUGUUUGCUUUAUUCAGGGAUGGAGUGAUGACAGAAUAACCCAGACCUCCUGAGCUUGUUUAUCAUGCGCACUUUGUUAUGAAAGGACUGUAAGGCUGCGGGGAUGGAAACAAUGUAUCGUUUGUACACAAGCCGUCCUCAUCGUGGCAGAGAUGUAGCACAAGCAGUGUAUAAGUAAAGUCGCACGCAGAUCCUUCCUGUACUCGAUGUUUGUAGAGGAGUGAGUGCUUUGACCAUGGUUCAGGUACUGCUCAGUAGUGUUGUACAGGUCAGGGUAAUGACAGGGGUGCUGGCCAGUGACGACUUGUGCUUCAACCCAAACUGGGCUGGACAGGUCUGAUGACAACGAGCACCCCAGCCAAAUGCAUUGAAAUGAAUGUUUGUCUUUCAGAUGUAUUGUAAUAUAUAUUUCUUUGGUAAUUAAAAAUUCAAUAAAAAUCUAUCUUUCACAGAAA